UUUCCAAAAUAAUUUUGAAAAUUUUCUAAAAAUAUUCUAAAACUAGUCCAAUUCAAUAUGAUUUAGGUUUUAGAACCAUUUUUUGGUGCAAUCCUAGCUAAAUCGGUCUAGACUCCAGUUCUUAAAAGUUAAAAUACAAAUUUUCGGUCUUGGAUCCAGUUAGGCUCUGAUUGUUCAGUCUGGUCUUGGAACAUUGAACAGUCCUACCUCCCUUUCCCAACCCUCGAAUACAGUAACAAAAUUGACUCUGUUAUACUCGAAAAUAGCAACAAAACCCACGAAAGCGUUGUGGGUUGGAGAUUAUCAUUUUGGAGUGUGGUUGCCAGUCCCGUCUCUGGAUGGGUACCAUUUAUCUCUUUGUUAUUGAGGUAGUGCUUGGUGAUAUUUCAGUUUUAAGCAAAUCUUGUAAGUCAUUUCUUUGGUGUCAUGUAAAGAGAAAGGAAAUUUUGUAGUCCAUUACUCCCUCCGGUUUUUUUUUAUUAAUGUGCCUCAGUUUAAAUUUGACACUAUUCAUAAACAUUGCUUUGACCAAUGUUUAUGCUUUAUACGUAAACUAAAAUAUAAUUAAUGAGUACUUAUUAUAAUCAUCUUAAAGCAAAGCUUCCAAAUAUCAACUUUUUAUAAUUUAUAUACUUAUUGAUAAUUAAUGAUAUCAUUAGUCAAAGUUGUACAUUGAUAGAUGUGACGGUCAAACUGUGGCACUUAAAUAAAAACGGAGAAAGCUAGUCCCAUUUGGUGUCGAACAUGUUUGGAAAAAAAGUACACUUUUCCUAAAGUCUCAUGCCCAACCUAAAUGGUGCAAUUAAAAAACCAGAGAAAGUAUUUAACCAAAAAAAAAAAAAAAUUAGGGUUGUUCCGAUUUAUUGAAAACAACCUAACUAAACUGAAUUGAUCUGAAUAUAGCUGAAAUAAAUUGUUUAUAAGAGAAGGAAAUUAAAAACUGAACUGAACUAAAAUUAAGGUGAACAGAACAUACUCUUAACAUGCUAAAUACCACACUACCCUUUUAAUCUCAACCCAAUUUCAUUUCCCAGGCCAUAAAUUCAUAAUACUUUGCAUCAAAAAAAAUAAAUCCAUAAUACUACUACAGUAAUACCCCAGCUAUACGGCAGUGAGGCGGUUUUGAGCACGUUAAGGUAAAUUCUUAAUUUCGUAGAAUUAUGUUUUUUUAAGUUGCCUAAUUUUUCAAAUUUAGUUUCUUAAUUUUUAAAUGAAUUAAUUUCUUACUACGAUUUUGUGCUCAAUUCAUUCUCAAUUUGUCUUGCCUUAUUUAUGUUCAAUUUGCAUUAUUACUCCAUUAUCAUCAGUUAUCUCAAUGUAAUGCUUCAUUUUUCUGUUAUUUAAUUCUUGGUUUUUUUUUUUUUUUUUUUUUUUUUUUUUUAGUUUUUGUUUGUGGGAAAUUUGAAUUUUUCUGUAUAAACUAUAUAGUUUACACUGCUAAUUGACAUGGUCGUCAAUGGUAGAUUUGCUUGGAGUUGUGACAUUUGCACCGCCGCCUGCGGUUCAUGCCUUCAUUCUGUUAUGAUAAUCAAUUCUAUGAUUGAAAGCUAUUUCUUAAUCAUGAUUAUUCCAUAAGUUUCUGUCUUUUGAAACCUGAUUAUGGCAUUGCUUCUGCCUAUCCCUUUUUCCAAUAGAGGAAGACCCUACUUUGGCCUCGAAUCGAGCUUUAUACCCCCAAUAACAAUGGAUAAGAUUGGUAGAGGUGGGGGUGGUUUUGUUUCUUUGGGGAAAUGUAGGAGGAGGUCACUUUUGAUUUGUUGUUCUGUUCCGAAGCUUGUAUGGGAUCGUUCAUUAGAUAGGCAUGUGAUUAAACAGAAUAGAAUUCGGUUUGUGCAGAAGCUUAGGAAUUUGCUUCUUUCAAAACCCAAGCACUACAUGUCUAUUUAUGUUCUUUCCAAAUGCCGCUCCUACUUAUCUCUAACAAAGCCUCGGUCUAUUGUCUCCAUGAUCCAACGUUAUCCUACCAUUUUCGAGCUCUUCUAUGUGCCAUAUCCACCUACUCCACUCAAUGCAACUAAAACAAACUCCCAACUAUGUGUGCGUCUAACCCCUGCAGCUGAAUCGCUUUCUAUGCGAGAAGCCCUUCUUAGGUCUACUGCUUCUGUUUUGAUGGCCAACAAGCUUCAAAAGCUUCUCAUGCUUUCUCCUCAUAAGAGGCUUGUUAUGUCAAAGCUUGUGCAUUUGGGCCCUGAUCUUGGGCUACCACCUAAUGUUAGAUCCCGUAUCUGCAAUGAACAUCCUGGAAAAUUCAAGAUUGUUGAUACAUCCUAUGGUCAUGCUCUUGAGCUUGUUUCUUGGGACCCAAAUUUAGCAGAACCAUUGCCAAAAUUUAGCAAUCACUCACAUGAGCUGAUCGUGGAUCGGCCCUUGAAAUUUAAGCUAGCGAAACUGAGAAAGGGCUUAACUGUGAAGAGACGGGAUCAUGAUUUUUUUAUUAGAUUUGGAGAAUUGCCAGAUAUAUGCCCCUAUAAGACUUCUUUUGAAGAAUUUCAUAAGAAUUCUUUAGAAGCAGAAAAGAGGGCUUGCAGUGUAGUGAGGGAAAUUUUGGGGAUGACAAUUGAGAAGAGGACGUUAAUUGACCAUUUGACACAUUUCGGAAAGGAUUUUGGGCUACCCAACAAGUUAAGGGCUAUGUUAGUUCCGCAUCCAGAGCUGUUUUAUGUAAGUUUGAAGGGCCAGAGGGAUUCAGUGUUCUUGGUUGAGGCAUAUGAUGAUAAUGGUGAACUCAUCCAAAAGGAUGAAGGGCUACUAAUCAAAGAUCAUUUGUUUGAGCUGGUCAGGCAUGGCAAGAGAAUAAGGCGAGAAAUGAAAUUGGCCUUAGCUAAUGAUGACACUCUCAUUAAAGAUCAUCCUGUUGCUGUUGUUCAUCAGGAGCUAGAACCUUUUGAUGACGUUACUGAAGAUGAUAGAUUUGAGGAUCUAUUUGACGGGAAUGAUUCAGAAUUUGAAAUUUGCGAGGAAGACACUGAUGAAGAGUAUGAUCAACCGGUGGACGUCAAUGCAGAGCAGCAAUUCUGGAGGCCUGGGGCUGGGGGUCAUAGGGAAAACAGUGAUACUUCUGAACGCUGGUAGUAAUGAAUAUUGACACUGUAAAAAGUUUAUAUUUAGGUUCUCUCUGGAAAGAAAUGGAGUGAAAAUAUGAAGGAAUGUAAGUUUUCCUGUUGCCAUCAUUUUCUGUAUUCAUGUAAUUUUCUGUAUAUAGUGUUUUUAUUACUUGUUCUAGUCUGGUGAUUCGGGUAAAAUAUUUAUUUUCCUUUUGUU